AUGACGCCUGUAUCGCUCACAGAUAUCAUUGCCUCCCUCCCAAAUGAUGAUUCCUGGGGUCCUCCUACUUCCACGGAGACCACCCUGAAUGGCGUUCCCUAUGCCCCAUACUCGAAAGGCGACAAGCUGGGUCGCAUGGCGGACUGGACCACUGAGGGCAAAGACGGACGCGAUGGCCGAGAUCAGCAAGUCUACGGUGCCGGCACAUCUUCUCUUUUCGCUGUCCAACUCGCCGAAGACGAAUCAUCCUUCUCCGUCGUCAGCAACACUCGCGAUUCGACAAAGACCAGAUUUGGACGGGGUGGAACCUUCGCAAGAGGACGGGGUCAGCGGGGUGGACGAGGAGAUGCCAGAGGUGGCCGAGGGCAAUUUCAAAGAGUCGGAGGACGGGGUGGCCAACAAAGCUACAACAACUACGAUCAGCGAGUAGGCCGUGGAGGCGCGCGCGGUGGACGGAGAUUUGGCUGGAAGGACUACGAUAAGCCGCAGCGCAACCGCGAUGCGUCGGUUAACAUCAAGUCUGACUGGAAGAUGCUGGAGGAGAUUGACUUCAACCGCCUGGCCAAGCUGAACCUGGAUACGGACGAUGGAGAGGAUAUCAAGAGCUACGGUUUCCUCUACUACUACGACCGCUCGUUCGACAAGCAGCCUGUCAAGUCUUCUGAGCGCAAGCUCAAUGUUGUGGACCGCGCUGCCUAUAAUGUGACCACCUCGUUGGACCCUAUCAUUCAAGACUUCGCUGCCAAUGACGAAGCCACAAUUUUCGCUACCGACAGCAUUCUCUCCAUGCUCAUGUGCUCUCCUCGAUCUGUCUACCCCUGGGAUAUUGUAAUUGUACGACAAGGCAACAAGGUUUUCCUCGACAAGCGAGACAAUGCUACUUUGGACAUGGUCACGGUCAACGAGAAUGCUGCUGAUGCGCCAAUGGAUGCGUCAGAGGGAAGUAAGGAUGCUAUCAACCAACCCAGCGCCCUGGCCGAUGAGGCUACUUACAUCAACCACAACUUCGCCAACCAAGUCAUGAUCGAGAACGAGAACCAAAAGGUAGUCAUGGACGAAAGCAACCCCUUCCACGACCCCGACUCCUCCGAGCCAGCCGCCAGUAAGGUCUACAAGUACCGCAAAUUUGAUUUGUCGCUCAACGACGAGGACCCAGUGCACUUGAUUGUCCGAACUGAGAUUGACGCUGUUCAAAAGAAUGCUAUCAGCGGCGAAGAUCAAUUCUUGACGGUCAAGGCUAUGAACGAGUUCGAUCACAAGGCGCAAGGAAGCGGUGGAGCGCUAGACUGGAGAACGAAGUUGGUUGGACAGCGAGGUGCCGUUGUUGCUACUGAGAUGAAGAACAACAGUUGCAAGCUCGCCCGUUGGACUGUGCAGAGUAUCAUGGCCAAGGCAGAUGUGAUGAAGCUCGGAUUCGUCUCCCGCGCCAACCCCAAGACCAACGACAAGCACGUCAUCCUCGGUGUCGUCGGCUGGAAGCCCCGUGACUUUGCUCAGCAAAUGAACCUCUCCCUCUCCAACGGCUGGGGUAUCGUCCGCACGAUUGCCGACAUGUGUCUCCAGCGCGAGGAGGGCAAGUAUGUGCUGGUCAAAGAUCCGAACAAGCAGAUUCUGCGCUUGUACGAGGUACCUGCAGAUAGCUUCGAGGAUGACGGCGAGGUCGAGCUCAUUGAGGAAGCUGACGAGAGUGAUGAGUAG